AUGGCGGUAGAAAGGGAGGAGAAUGAUCUCAGCGAGGCAGUUAGAGGGCUGUUUGCGACAAUGAGAGGGGAACUGGCAGCGGUGAAGGAGGAGUUGGCAGCUGUGAAAGGGGAGGUGGCAGCUGCAGUGGCGGAUAAGGCGGCGUGGCAAAGGGAACGAGUAUUGAUGUUGGAGAGGAGGUGGGUUGUGGGGAGCGAGGUAAUGGGAACGAGACACGCACCUAGCAUUGGGCUCGGCCCAUCAGCCAUGGUUCUGGUUUUCUGCGCAGCCAUUGCAGUCAUCGCAGCCAUCAGCAUCACGCCACUUUACAGGACUGCUUGUUGUCGUGCCACAAUGGCAGAGGAUCCAUGUGGACUCGUCUCUCUGUUGCACAUACCCAUCAAGCAUGUCUGUUCCCAGAUGGAGAUAGUGGGUACGGCUGUUGGGAAUGUCAUGGCAAGUAUGGCCGGAACGCUCGAAUUAAAGAAGAUGGAUUUGAGGAUGGGUGUGUUCAGUGUGCAGCUCAAAGAGACACAAAGGGAGUUAAAAGGGCAGGUGGAGCAAAGAAUAAGGGAACUGGCAGCAAUGAAGGGGGAGUUAAAGGAGGCUGAGAGGAGACGAGUGGCGGAGAUGAGGGAGCUCAAAGAACACCAGGAUGCUGUGAUGCAGUUGAGGGUUGAGGAGGGAAUCAGGCAGAGUGAAGGCGAUCAGAGGACUGCAUGGGAGCUCGAGAAGAUGAUGCUGGGGAUUCGUCUCCCAGCCGCGGCAGCGCAUGGGGGGCGCGCAGCAGAGGAGCUAAUGGUGCCGGUGCAGAUGAGGCGUGCGGAGGAGGGGCUGGGGCGAGGGGCCUGGCACGGGCAGCAGGGGGAGAAAUAG